UUUUUUUUAGAAAAAAAAAAAAAAAAUUAAAUUGAAUUUUUGGUGUAGCAAUGAAUUUAGAAGCACUUUAUACUUUUAUUAUAGCUGCAUACAAUGAGUAAAUCGGGAUGUUGUGAAAUGCUGUUAUUUUUUUUCCUGUUAAUAUUGAACUUUUCUUUUGUUAAAUCCUCUGCAUUAAGCCAAUCUCUUAAUCAAAUAGACAAAACAGUGGAACCGAAGCAUAAAAUCAAACGUUCGCAGAAUAUUAACUCGGAAGAAAUUUUAAAUUAUGCUAAUUUCAACUUUUCAAACCAAAAUCCUAGAUCCAAGGAUCAAUUUACAAGAGUUUUUGCACAAGCGGGAAAAAUAUUUAUGUACCGAUUUGAAUUUGUUCAUUGUGUUAAGAAAAGAAAUUCGUCAUCUUUAGAAGAUUGGGUACAGUUUCAUAAAGAGUUGACCAUGUUAAUUGGAUUACCGCAUUCGGAACUCUUAGGAAGUUUUGGCUUGUCGUAUAACUGUCGUGCAUCAAACAUAAGAACGAACUUUCAUUCAAAAGUUAAUGAAGUCAUGAAAACUAUUAAUAUUGAAAUAAAUCUGAAGUCAUCUUUUAUGAAACCUAACGUUGCUAUUGAAGUAUUUACGCCAGAAGAUAGGCCGUCUCUAACUUUGCUUAAAAAAAUUGAGAUUAUUCAAAUCAUCGAGACAAACGUAAAAAGUUAUAAAGUUGUUAAUAGCAUUGCUAAUUAUUUUCGAGCCAUCUUGAAUUGGGGAAAAAAAUCAAACUCAAAAUUGGCUGUCGUAAUUAAUAUUAAUCCGUGUAGUUUACAUCGGCUGACCCGUAUUUUAACAUCAUAUGACAGCGCUAAUAUAAUUGGAGUAGUUAUAUAUGCUCCUGUUAAUGAAAGUUCAAUGAACUUUAAAAAUAAUUGUCAACAAUUUAAAAACUUGGCUCAGACAAUCAUAAGCAGCUCAUUGAUAUAUAAACGUAAACGAGUUGUCAAAAGAGAAAUUCCUUUUCUCGAUAUUCCUGAUAUAUUUAGAACCAAUUUACCAAAACUUGAUUGUUCAAACAAUACACCACCAGUCGCAAAAGAAAAAAGUGUGACGUUUACUUUCCAAUCAAAUGAAUUUAGUCACAUUGAGAUUAACGAAGCUUUAUUUACAGACAGAGAAGAUGGAAAUCUGAAAAUGUUAAAACUAAAAUUGACUUGGGGAAAUGGUGUACAAAUUAAGCCUGAUGAUUGGGUUCAGUUUAGCUCAGUCCUAAAACUUAUAUACGCUUUUUCUACCUAUGAUGUUUUUGAAAAACAACCUAAAGGUGGUUAUGCACUUUUGGCUACGGCAACUGACCAGUGUGACUCCUCUGUUGCAACUACUGUUUACGUUAAAAUAGAAUCUCCAUUCUUAAAUUCCAGUAAAGUAACCUGUGAUUAUAUUGUACUUUUAGUUGAAUUUAUUGCGGACAAGAAUAUGCCUUAUAUAAACAUCCUUGCGGAACUUAUUGACAAAGUUGCAACUUUUAAUAAUAUUACAUCCUCCAACUUAAUUGUGCUAAAGGUCUUUCGAUCAUUUCACAGAGACAAAUCCGUUUAUUCUGUCUUAUUUACUCUAAAAGCAUGUAACAGUUGCAUAAAAGAGAUUUUUCUUUUAUCGAAGAAUUUGAAUCAAGGUAAUAAAUUCAAACAGUUUCUUUCGCCAAAAUUUAAUUAUAACACGGUGUUGCUUUCAAAAUGUGGAGAAAAUAGUUCACCCCAAACUGUUUAUCAAAUAGAUAGUUUUGUCUUAUCAGAAAAUCGUACGACAAUUCAUGAAAUAUCAAAAGCUACAUUUUUUGAUACAGAAGAUGGAUUUCUAGAUAACUUAACCCUCCAAAUACAUAACGUCUCAAUUAUUGGGGUUCUUGUUAUCUUGCAUAAACAAAGUGUUGUUUUUUAUCAGUACAAAGAAAAAAUUAACAUUGGGUCAAUUAAUAUUACAGUAAUAGAUUCUUCUAAAAAAAUAUCAUCUUUAACAGUUAAAGUCAUACCUAGCAAUAACCUGAAUUUAGUUAACAAGUGGUUCAUUUUUACCAUGGACGCUUACUAUGAUGAGUUCUACAGCAAUGACUUCAUUAUUACAAAAUUAUUACAUAUGUUUUCAAAGUUUUUUGGAGGAGGGGAUUCAAUAUAUGACCUUGUAUUAUUGGGUUUUGACCGAAAAGGUAUUUUUCCACUGUCUAUUGAAAUGAAGCUAUCUCUUGUCUCAAUUAAUCAUAAAAACACAAUUGAAAUUGAAAAAAUGAAAAGUGAAAUUGUGCAAAAGGACGGUAAAGCCACAAUUGGUUUUGCUACGUUUUUCCUACCACAUGUGAGAAACAUUCACUGUGCUUAUCACAAUUUUGAAUUGUCAAAUCAAAAAAAUGAACUAAACAUUAUUAAUAACAUACCUCCUCUCAUCAUCAAUGCUUCUCAUGUUUUUCACUAUUCAAUUCCAGUUGACACAUUUUAUGACAAGAUCGACGGUAAUACAAAAAAUUUAAUCUUAAGAAUGACUAGUUUAGACGGCCAAGCGCUGCAAAAAAACUCAUGGAUGCAGUUUGACUCUAAGCUCCAAAAGAUUUCUGUUGUUUUAACUCUAGAUAUGAUGCAAGAAGAAAAAAUGAAAUCUUUUAAGUUUGUGCUGAUUGCAAUAAACUCUAGAAAUCAUACCGCAAACUUAACAAUAAAUUUGAUCGCAACUCGAAGAAAUAACCCUUUAGGAGGUACUCUUGUUCAACUUGCUAUCAAAGAUGAUAUAAACAGUUUGGUUGAUGAUAUGCAAAUUUUAUUACCUCUUUUGAUUAAGUUUGACGACAUAAUGAAAACAUCAAUAGAAAAAGAACUAAAGAGUUUUUCGAGAGAAAAUGGUUUAUCUACGAUUGUUUUAGUUUAUAACUUUACUUCAAAUGAUGGUUUGUGUGACUUCGAGGAGAUGAACUGUUUGAAGAAUAAGAGUUUUGUGCUUAGUUUUAAUAACGAUAAAAAAUUUUUUGAAUUAAUUCCAGAUGUUUACUUAAUGAAAUUAAAAAUAAGUACGUUUGGUAUUUGCGAGAAAAACGUUUCCAAUUUAGAUUUUAGUGAAAAAAUUCAAAACAAAUAUUCUCAAUCUCUCACUGGAAAUGAUUUGACCGAAAUUAAUUCAACUCUAUCUCCUGUUGUUGAUAAUAAAAACUUGUUUAAAGGACCUGAAAUUCGACUACCACUGCCAAGAAUAUUUGUUAGCUUUUGCAAAUCUGUUGUCUACUAUUUGAAUCCAGAUACAUUCUUUGAUGAAAAAGAUGGCAAUGCUAAAACACUAAAUAUUGAAUUAAUGCACAAAAUAGAAGGAAAGGUUUCUAACUCAUCGUGGAUACAGUGGGACAAAAAGCUUCAACGCAUAUACGGAUUUUUAAAACUAAGCGAUUACGAUUACAUGAGUACCCGGCCUGAAAAUCAAUACUUUUUAAAAGCAACAGACUCUGAUGGUUAUUCAAUUGAAGCUGAUAUCAACUUUAUUUUACCAAUAAAAAGACUCAGCUUCUUUUACAAAAUUUCCAGUACAUUCCAAAUAAAAUCUGAAAACGGAAUUGAAGCGAAUCACCAAUCAGCUCUAUGGAACAAACUUACAUCUUUCACGGGGGUAACAAAGAUACAAAUAGUCACAUUUCUCAAACUUAAUGAAAAUCAAAUACUUUUAGAAUGGUUUAUUUGUGAAAUUGAUGAAAAAUAUUGUCCAAAUAAAAAGAUUGAGGCUCUGAAUUUAAAACUAUUAAGCGGUAAAGAUCCGUCAAGUCAGUUUUUCAACGUUAUGCUACCCGAGUAUGAGGUUUUAGAAACUAAAUUUAGUGUAGAAGAAAUUUGUGCAAUAGAAGAAACAAAAACGGAAACUAAACCUACAAAUUUUAUCAAGCCAGCGCAAUCACAAUUUAGAAUAACAAAUUCUUCUAUAUUUAGCCUAAAACCCACUCAAACACUAAGUACUCUCUCAAAGAAUUCUCUCAACUCACCUGCAAUGAUCAACCUACCUCCGAUAGUUUUAAAAUCAGUUCCUAUAUUAUAUGUUUUUCCUUGCAAAAUUACUGAGUACAAGUUAAACGAAGAUGUAUUUUUUGAUCCUGAAGAUGGUUUAACUCGCAGCCUUAAAGUAACAACAACAAAUGAAUUAUUUUUAUAUAAUGCCACCACACAGACAAUAUCAAUUAAAUUUAUGCCUGAUUCUCCAUCAUUUUUUCAAAUUAUUGCAGCCGAUAAGUACGGAUUAACUGUGACUCAAAACAUAACAGUGAUAAAAACAGAAAAAGAAUUGCUUGCUUUUAAUAUUUCAUUUUACGGUACAACUGUUCAAAAACUUGCUAAUAAUAAUUAUUUACAUGCUAUGAUAACGCAGAGAUUACAUCUUCUGUGGCAGCAUUUAUUUACCGGAAAUAUUUUAGUUCAAUCAAUAAGUAAACAUAAUUACAAUUAUAUAACAAUCGUUUGGUCGCCUUGCAACCUGGAAUGUUCAAACAAAUAUUAUCAAAAUAUUCGCGCAUCUAUUUUUCAAAAAGAUAAUUUGCAGAAUAAUAUAGUUAACCUUUUUGCACCUGACCUGAUUAUCACGCGAGCAUCGUUAGCUGUAUCACAACCUUGCAUAGAUAUAUUAAACAAUGAUCAUACCCAAAGCCCUUUAUCGUUUUCUAGUUUCAUUACCAUUGAGGACAUUAAAUCUCAAAGUAUGGAACAGUUAAAAUCAAACUCACCACCUGAGAUUAAAUCUAGAUUACCAAUAUUAAUUGCUUAUAAAUGCAGGCUGUUCAGCUUCAGCAUACCUGAGAAUUUUUGCUAUGAUCUGGAAGAUGGAUUCACACCAAAUUUACGUUUACAAUUACUUUCACUAAAAAAAGAAAACCUUAGCUCAAAACAUUGGUUGCAUCUAAAUGAAAAACUACUGGUCCUCUAUGGCACUCUUAAGUCUGCCGACAUUAUUGAAUCUAGGAACAAAAUUUUGUCUUACUAUUUAUGCUGUAGAGAUAAACAAAGGGCGGUUGUAUUUCAACAGAUAGAUAUAAUUAUUGCAGAACCAAACUUAAUACCCAGUCAUCUUAUUACCUUUUAUAGUUAUUUGCAUUUGAGUCAAAAUGAUACCGAAGUACAAUCACAAAUAUUGGAUAAAAUUGCUUUGUUUCUUGGUGAAGAGGAUACCAAAAAUAUUGAGAUAAAAAACUUUUCAAGAGAUUCCUCAUUAUCAGAUCAUAUAACUUUAAGUUGGUAUAACUGCUCUAUUGAUGAUCCGUGUAGUCCGGAAAUUAACCUUUUAAAAAAUAAAUUUUUUGAUAAAUUAAACUUAAAUUCUCAAUUUACUUUAGCAAUGAUUCCAGAGUUUGUAAUGAUAGGAGGUAAAUUUAAUGUUUCAUUAUUGUGUGCAUCAUCGCAAAACACAUCUCAAAAUUUAUCAAUUAAAAAUCCUACUAUUAAAUAUACCAACCAUGCUCCGGUUGCUAGACAACCUCUUCAAGAUAUAAUUGUGCCUCCUUGUUCCACAUUCAGUUUCCGAAUUCCUGAAGACACUUUUUUUGAUAUUGAAGAUGGAAAUACACGCAACUUAAAACUUAAUUUACUUACUGAAGAACUAUUCCCAAUUCCCAAAACAUCUUGGGUUCAGUUUGUGGAAUCAACUCAAGUUAUAUACGGAUUUCCAAAACUUAUUGAUUUCAAAGAGUUAAACAGUUCCAUUGAAUAUUUUUUAGAAGCAACUGAUAAUGAAGGAUAUAAAGCAUAUACAAAGGUUGUCCUAGCAACGCCGGCUAGACCUAAAAUACCAUUUGUUGUUAAUAUAACUUUGAGCAGGUUUUUUGAUCUCAAUUCAAGUGAUUUGAUUGAGCAAAUUUUUUUAGCUGGUCAAAUUAGUUUUUUUAUGGGUGACAAGGAUGUUUCCCAGAUAAUAGUUGUAGACUAUAUGCGGAAAACGCAUUCUGUUUUUAUAUCUUGGAGCAACUGUUCUUCAGUAAACGAAAAUUGCCCACAUAAAACUGAAAGCUUGUUACAAAAUAAACUUUUAGAAAAAGGUUCUCCAAGUAACACAUUUGUCAAUAAAAUAAAAACUUAUUAUUCUGUACAAAAGAUAACCCUAGACUCUUACUCUAAUUGUUUUCAACCUCCAAAAUUUAAUAAUAGUUUCAAUGCGUCAUUCACGGCUAUUAAAAAUGAGCCGCCAAAAGUUAUCCGUUAUGUUCCACCUCAAUAUGUAAACUUAUGUCAACCGUUUAUUUAUCGCAUACCGGAGGAUAUAUUUACAGACGAAGACGGAAGCACUUCAUCUUUACAGUUAAAACUUUUAGAUUUAAACUUUAAAGAAGUCCAAAACGAUUCGUGCAUUAUAUUAGGCAUUAAUUCAACAAUAUAUGGAAUAAUUAAACUUUCAGAAAUCCAUAAAAAAAACAAUGAUUUUAGAUACUUGCUUUCAGCUUCUGAUUCGUCCGGAUUAGAAACAAAAAUGCCUUUGUCUUUCAAAACUAGAAAUUAUUUCAAAAAGCUGAGCUAUCAUCUAGUGCUGGAACUAAAGGUUAAGUUUAUGCAAAUAGAUACCGAUUUGCUAUUAAACUUAAUCUAUAAAAUUAAUAACUAUUUUGGUACUGCAGACAACCCCGAUAUUUUGCCAAUAUCAUUUGAAAACAAAAGAAAUUAUCGAAACAUUUAUGUAUUAGCCUGGACGUUUUGCAGUUUAAAAUUUGAAACAUGUCCUCAUGAUAAAUUAAAUGAUAUUAAUAGAAAACUCUUUGACUCAGGCGGAAAUGUCCUUGAAAACUUUCACUCUAUUUUAAAACCCGAUUUUUCUGUUUUGAGCUUAAAGACUGUAUAUUCAAACAUAUGUUCUGAGAAUAAUGCUUCUUUGUAUCCGUUAUCUGAGCAAGCAUCUUUUUUACCUAUUGGAGUUCAACCUAUAUUAAUCUUUAUAAACCAAUGUAGACCAACUGUACAUAAUGUGUCUGAAAACUUUUUAAAGUUGAAUUCAAAAAACUCACCAAGUAUUAUAACUUUACGAUAUGAAAACGGAUCUAGAGUAUCAAGCCAAUCUUGGAUACAACUGAAUGAGCAUAAUAGUAUAGUCCAUGGUGACGCACGCACAAAGCUGGAAGAAAUUCCAAGGAUGUAUAUUCUUCAAGCCGAAUACACCGACAAAAAAAGCCGACUACUCCCACUAAAGGUUGAUAUUGCACCAUUAAAUGUAACAGAACUUCAUUUUUUUGUUUCAAUUACAUUUAAAGUAAAUUUAAAUAUUACACUUAAUGAUGUUCUCAUGAUAGAUCUACUCAAAACAAAGUUACAACUUUAUCUUAAGGUUGAUUCUAUUAGUAUCGUAUAUCUAUUUCAGAAUACUUCUAGAUUCUAUGCGAAAUUCAGUUUUUGCGUAAAUAACUUUAAAACUUGUAAUUACACCCACGUGGAGUAUAUUUUAUCGAUGCUAUUCAAAAGACAAGAUUUUACUUCAACUAUAAAUAUAAAAAGAGGCGUACAUCAAAGUUUUGUCUCUGCACUACUGCCAGAAUUUACAGAUAUUUCUGUAAUUGACGAGCUUUCAGGUCCUUGCUCAUUCAAACUUAAUGCGUUAAAAGAUCGCACAAGUUUAAACAUAUGUGUAAAUCCGUGUGGUUCUUUUCGAUUUAAAAUUUCGCAAAAUAUUUUCUUCGAUCCUUUACCAAAUUACGAUGCUACGUACAUAACUGAAGUAGUGAAGAUGCCCAGGUUAGUCACUUCUUGGUUACAUUAUAAUGACUCGACUUUGGAGUUUUACGGAAUUCCGACGGAGCAUGUCAGAAUGAGUGAACCAGAAACAGGGUACCAAUUUUUGCUAUCUGCAUAUGAAUAUAACGGAGGAAUUGCCAAAAAAUGGAUUCAAUUUAAAAUUUGUAACAGUACACCAAAAUAUGAAAAUAACAUUGAAGUAAAACUUGCUUGUCCGACUCAAAAUGAAAACAAUUAUAAUGCAUUUGAAAGUAUUUUGGAACAACUUUCUUAUAUAUACUUUAAAAAAAAUCUAUCAUCACUACAUUUAUACAACUAUACUUUUGACCAAAACAUUAUAAAGUUAAUAUUUUCGCGGUGUGGGGCCACCGAGGUUUUUGUAAAAGAAAUAAACGGAACAAUAAUCAAUAACUGCGUUGUAUUUGACGUCUCGAUUUUUAAGGCCCGAGACAACCCCCCAAUGAAUAAUAGAAAAGAGUUAAGAUUUAGACCAAAAUUCUGUCAAACAAAUAUAUUCGAUAUUCCAAUAGAAACUUUUGUUGACAAUGAAGACGGGAAUAUUAACAAUCUUUAUUUAUUCGUCACAUUUGAAAAUUACACUUUAAUUCCAGAUCACUACUGGAUAAAUUUGGUAAACAACAAACUUCACGUACUAGUUAUUUUAGAGGAAUGCAAAAAUAAUAUUUACCAGUUUUAUUUAAAUGCUAAAAAUUCCAAGAACCAAAUCGCUCGCAUUCCGCUUGUAAUAGAGAUUAUAGAUGAUUUUCCCAAAUUAAACAACUUUCACUCUAUUCGUUUAAAAUCUAAGAUAGUCCAAUCAGUUGUUCCUCUUAUUAAUAACCUUUUUGCAACGCUUGAAUUAUUUUCGAACAUUUCAUAUGCCGUCAACAAAUAUAGUCUUUUUGAAAAUCAAAGUAUUUCUCUGACCUUUUUUAAAUGUUCUUUAACCACAAUGGAUUGUGGGUGCUCAGCUGACUGCGUUGCAAAAAUUUAUUUGAUACCAGAGUUUUAUAUUGAGCAACUUGAAAUGAACCAAACUCAUUGCGACUUCAAUAACGCUCCAUUAUUAAUGAACGCAAUUUCUAAUAUUACUAUACCUUCAAAGGGAUAUUUGACAUAUCAAAUUCCGAAAAAUAUGUUUUAUGAUAAAGAAGAUGGAUGGACAAGAAAUUUAUCAUUAAGUAUGGUCUCUCCAGAUAAUUGUUGGUUACAAUUUUCUGAAAAAGAUCAAACUAUAUACGCAAUUGCUUCAGACAAAACCAUAAAAAAUUAUUUACAGAAAAAUCUUUCUCUUAUUUUAACAGCAACUGAUUCGUUAGGAAAAGUAGCUAGCACAACAAUAGACCUUUUUUUUGAGCCAAUCAUUUCAUAUGGUUUUUUUGUUUCUAUUUUGUUUCAAAUUACCUUUGUGAAAAAAGUAACAUUUUUAGGCUCAUGUUUACAAGAUAAAAUUUUUAUCUUUAAUAAAAUGUCAAUAUACCUGAAUACAACUUUGUCUUUAAAAUCAGCGUUUAAAGCAGCAGACGAUAUGUUCAUUGAAAUCAUUGUUGCAAGUAGUACGAUAAGAUUUGCUCCUUGUGACUACCUUGCUACCGAUCGGUUCUUAAAGCUCAUCGAAGACAGAGAAGGAUCAUUUGCUGAUGGAUUUUUAAGUUUUAUGUUACCAGAUUACAUUCCAAGAUUUAUAUCAGUGCACAAAGGUCCAACAUGCAUGGACUUGGCUAACACCCCUCCCAAACUAAAUGGUACACUUGAUAUUGAUGUUUUAUCCACGUUUUCAUUUGUGGAAAAGAGGUUACCACAAGGUUUAGCUUAUGACAAUGAAGAUGGAAACAUCUUUAAUUUAAAUAUAGCAUUGUUGCAUUCAAAUGGAACACAAGUGAACAAUGAUUGGAUUUAUUUUGAUGAAAAAUCAAAAGUUCUUUUUGUCCUUGGUAGUCACCAAACCGCUGAAAGACAGCCAAAGAAUGGGUACGAAUUUAUGCUUAGCAUUCAAGAUAGUAGAAAAGCAAUUGUAUGUUUGAAGUUUAAAAUCGUUUUCAAGUUGCCAAUAAGGACAGAUAUAUUUAGCAUAACGGAAAUUAUUGACUUAAUUCCAUCAGAUUACGAUUUUUCUAUCAAAUCAGACAUUCCUUCAAUCAAAUCAGACAUUCCUUCAAUCAAAUCAGACAUUCCUUCAAUUAUAGCAUGGAAAAAGAAUAGAGAGAAGUUAUUGAACUUUCAUUUGGAUUUUGUCUCUUACAAAAAAAUUGAGCAAGUAAGUAAAAAAACUAAUUUUGAAGUCGAAAAUAUAUCAACGUAUAAUGUCACAUGGAGAAUUAAUAAUGAAAAAGAAUCCUGCGAAUUUGAAUCGCUGAAGCAUAUUGAAAAUAUUUAUAAAAAUUAUUUUAGUACUUCAAGUUACCAAGUAAACCAUAAUUGUUUCAAUGUACCAAUUUUUCAACUAAAAACAAACAAAACAAUUGAAGUUUACCUUGAUCCAUGUCAAGAGGUUGUUUAUAAACUAGAGAAAAACAUGUUUUGGAAUGAGAUGGAUAAAAAUACAGAAGGAUUUUACGUGAAAGCAAUACUAACUUAUCCAAAAAGUUCUGAUAUCGCUUAUGAUUCAUUAUCAAAAACCUUUUAUGGGACUUUAGUUUUAGAUAAAUUUCUCAAGUAUGGACAUAUAGAGUUUUACCUGGAGGCAACUGACUCUGACCAGUUAAAAUCAAGCUUAUUGUUAAAAUUUUUUAUGAAAUCUCCUCCUACUAAGUAUUUUGAGAUUGAGUCAAAAUUUUUGUACUUUUCUAAUGAAAGUACCAAGUUUUUAACACUGUUUCGUAACAAUAUUGUAACAUUCUUAAAUUUUGAAAACCAAGGCGUUGUGUUCUAUAACUACAAUAUUACGUCAUCUGACAAACAGAUGACCUCGUUUGUUUUAAAUUUUUCUAUUUGUAUAACAACACCAUACUGUCACAUUCACAAACGGGUUAUUUCAUCCCUAACUUCUGACAAAGGUGAAUUGAAUGAGGACUUUAUCAAUGCUAUGAAUAGUAAAAUUUUGCCCAUUCACAUAGUUAGUAGAUCAAAUAGCAACUGUUUUAUUGACACAGAAGAAAAGCAAGAUGCCACUGUUAAUCUGUGUACGCCAUUAAGUUAUAAACUGCCAAAUAAUAUACUAGACAAUGAAAAAGUAUUAAAAAGUUUAAACUGGUCUUUAAAAGCACCUUUAUUUACCUGGAUAAAAUUUGAUCCGUUUACUCAAACGCUAACAGGUAGACCUAUAAAAAGAGAUAUACCAACAUCUAAAAGUAAAUUCAAUAUAAAAUUUGAUGUGACAUUCAAUGAUGGAAUAAUUCGAUCCAAAAACAUUACUAUUAGAUAUUCAACAGUUUUUGUUAGCUAUGUCGUUAACAUUCAAUUAAUUUCAAAAAAAUCAUUCGCAGACUCAUACGAGCUUCGCAAUAAGUUACAAGAAAAGUUUGAUGCAAUUAAAAAUAACAAUAGCAUUAAUGUGUAUGAUAUAUCAACACAGAUUGUUGCUAGAUUUCAGAUAUUUUGGGUAUCUGUAUUUAGUUGUAGCAACCAUUUUAAUCAAUGUAAUCCUGUAAAACAGCAAGAAUUUUUUUCAACGUUUGUAAAUUCUAAAAAUAAAAUUCAUGACCAUUUUGUCAAAGUGUUUUCUGAUACAUUUGGUGUAUUAAACAUUACUGAAGAAAACAGUUGUAGCAAAGAACUACUUAAGAAAAAACCUUUAGUUUUAACAUUGAAGACUUGUCAACAACUUAACUUUACACUGCCAACGUUUUCAGAUAAUAUUCAAGAAACUAGAGAGCAUUAUGAGUUACUUUUAGAGAACGGUAAUGCAUUACCUAGUUCUUCACCAGUGCAGUUUGACAAUGUAAAUUCAGCUAUAUAUGGGUUAAUUACACAUGAUUUUGCUCUUAAUUCAUCUGGGGAGCUCAGAUAUGUACUCAGAUUGCACAAAGCCCAAAAAAUAUCUAUUGAUUUUAAUGUAACUGUUUUGUUGUCCAGUAAAAAACCACGCUACAACUUUGUUGUAAGGACAGAACUACUUAGUUACCUAAGCACUGAAGUUGCUGAUGUUAACAUACUUUUGAAAUUUAUUUUAAGAGUUUCUUCAUUUAUUUCAGUUUAUUCUAGAAGAACACCCCGUGAUACAAUUAGUAUAAAAAGUUAUACUCGUAGAGGUAAUAAAAUCCCUCAGAGAAUUAUAAUUGAGUGGUUGAAUUGCUCAAACAUAGAAAACUGUAAUGAAGAUAAAGAUCUUUUCAGCAAAACUUUUAUAACUGAUUUAUUAACGAACCCACAAUUUGCCCGGGAAAUAAAUCAAGAAUAUGGAUUUGUACAUCGUAAAUCGUCUUUUUAUAAUCUUGAUUCCUGUAAAAAAGAUUUUCAAUUACCGAUAUCAGUUUACAACUUGACUUCAGGUAAUGUAACAGUUUUCUUAAACUCCAGGUCUUUUUUUGAGCGCAAUCUUGAAAAACAUAUCUUUGAUGGUAAUAAUUUUAGUAACAAUUUAUCUGUUAUUAUGACAUUUACAAACAAAAGCUUUGUACCUUUUAAUCAUUGGUUGCAGUUUGAUAACCAGGAAAGAAAAUUAUUUGGUUUCCCAGACAACACUAUUUUGCCUCACGUUUCUUAUUGGUACACACUUAUUGUGAGCGAUGAUAAAGGUCUAAAAUUAGUAAAAUAUAUGGAGAUCAAAAUCCAAGCUCAAAUGCAAGCUGGAACCCAGUUAAGUGUUGAUAUUACAUGCGCGGAUCAUCGUCCACCAAUUAUUUUGCAUAUUAGAGAUAUAGCUUCUAAAAUUGCAAAAAAGUUUAAACUUCGUUUAAAAGAUAUCUUAUUAGAUUUUUUUUAUCUAACACGCAAACAACACAUAUAUUUAGUUUUAAACUUACCAAGUACUGCUUUAAACGAAAAUUUUUCAAAACUUCAAUACUCUACCACUUCAACCUGCAGAAUUUUAAAAAUCUUUAAAGUUAACUCUCUUGCGUAUUUUGCGGAUAAUAAUAUUGAUUUAGCAGCUAACGGAGAAUUAAUUGUCCUCAAUGGUAUCCCUGAUCUUGAUAUCACCUGUGGAAAACCUUUAGUUUAUAAAAUACCCGUUGACGCAUUUUAUUUCAUCAGUAUGAAAGCAGAGAAAUUAAUAUUUGAGCUUGAUGAUAAAAAUUUUUCAGACUUGAUUGGCUCUUCGUUUAUUAAACUUUCAAGUGACAUAUUUUAUAUAUUUUAUAGUUUAAAAGAAUGUUUACAUAUUAAGUCUUCUAGAAUUUUGAACAUAAAAGCUUCGGACCAUCGCGGAAAUUUUGCUAUCGACUCUUUUAAAUUAACAAAAAAUGGUGAUUUUCUACAAUGUUGCAACACGUAUAUCGAAUUAGUGUUUCGACUCCCAUAUUCACCAGAAGAUGAUUUAUUUAAAACUUACCAAAUACUGCAAAAUGAUAUUUACGAAGAUUAUGCAGAUAAUUUACGAAUAGUAAAUGUUUUAUCAUCUUUAUAUUCUGAAGGUUUAUCAGUUUUGUUAACUAACAAAUCUUUAUUUACAAACAAUUCGUGUAACCAAAACAUCUCGUAUAGACCGUUUUUGUUUCCAGUGUUUGAAACUACUAGUCCGGUUAUGUUGCAAGGCAAAAUACAAAAUUUUUUCACCAAUCUUGUUCAUGCUUCGGUUAUGUUUUGUAAUACUAUUGACAAAUCUUUUUUUGAACUUUCGUCAGAUGCUUUGAAAGCGUCUGAUUCCGUAAAAAAAGGAAAAAAUAUUAGCCCGGAAGAAUGGUUUUUGUAUUUUCUGCCAUUGUUUAUUUUAGCAUUUAUGGUAGUUACUUCAUGUAUUUGUUUUUACUCUUGUCGGUGUGUGCAUCGCAAUUGUUUUAAAAAACCAAAAAAUCUGCUUGUUGAUGCAAGUUCUGAAGUUAUAGAAAAAAGAGCUGGUCAAGAAAAAACGUUUAAAUCGUCAUUUACGGAAAUACCAUUGAAACCUGUAUCAACGUCGGGAGCGAGCAAGAUUCGCGAAUUUCAAAAACUGCCUCAAAACAAAAAUAUCUCUAUUUGCGAAAAGCCAAAUGAGACAAAAUGUUUUAAUAAGACAAAGGAUAAACAUGAAAAACAAUUAAAUUCUAAAAAAUCUAACUUUGAAAAUAAGAAAUCAAAUUUAUUAGUUUCAUUAAGUUCACCUUCUAAAAAUAGUUGUAACAACUCAUUAAAAUCUAAUGUAAUUACAAAAGAAAGUUAUGACAAUAAAGAAAUACUUCGGUUACCUGCUAUCCCAAACGGACCUCCCCCUCCUUAUUCACCUCCCCGAAGACAACGUGUGUUUUCUCAAAAUAUAAUACCAACAUACUACGAAAAGUAUGCUCAAAAAAAAAUUACGGAAGAAACACUCCCGGCAACACAAAAGGCUGUGAAAAGUUCAAGCAGUUCAUCGGCACCUUCAAAAAAUUCUAAAAAGUAUUUAUUGAUUAAGAAAUCAAAAAAAAGAAAACUUAAUCUACAAAAAUUUAAUAAACAAAACAACCAUGUUCCUAAUACAAGUUUUUCAAGUUCAGCGCUGUCAAAAUCAGAGCUUUCAGAUAACUCUUGCGAACAAACACCCAGUAAAAAAUAUUGCAGAAAAAGUAUUGAAACUCCAGAUAUGUUGCAAUCUAUAGAAUUAAGAAAAAAACCAAAAAAGUUCAAAGAAACAAACAAAAAAAACCUUACCAGGACGCAAAUAAUGCGCUAUAUUGAUGACGUUAAUGCCGCUAAAGUUCCAAAUGAAAAAAAAUCAAAAAGUAUAAGAUCUUUAUACAGCCGUUAUCCAAUCCGUCACAAAUUUGCAAAACCAUUUUUAUAUGAUUACUUACCUGUGAGAAGAAAACAGAGCGAGGAAAAGUAUCAAUUUUAUGACCCUGGUAAUCUUUACAGUGGUCUUAGUAGUAAUUCAAGUAGUAACAGAGACUCGGUACUCGGUACUCGAUACUCGAACGGUACAAAAACAAGAAGUAGGUACUUAGAUACUCUUGCUAAUCUUGAUGAAUUGGCAAACGGCAAAACUAACCAUAAAAAUGUAAUUCUUCAAAACAAGAGUAACAAGAAUAUAAUAGAAAAAGACUUAUUAUCAAAGAGAGGCGUUUUCAGUAACCGUAAUGUUAGUUUGAAUGACUUACUGGAAGAUUCACACUUUUAGAUUUCAACGUAAAAAUAUCUUAAACCGUCAAAACUUACAGCCAAAUCUCUUUAAUUUGUCUUUAAAGUUUAUGAGCCGUGUAACAAGUAUUUUUGAAUAUAAGAUUUUUAUUUUUAGAAUAUUAAACGUUUCGAGUUCAUCGAGAGUAGAGCGUAUUAAAGAUAUAAUUUAUUAAGCAGACUUUUUUAUUUAAUGAAAACUUUUAGCUUGUUAAAUGUAACGAGUAUAUCGAGUGUAGGGUGUGUUAAAAAUAUAACUAAUUAACCA